UCGGAGGCAAAAGGAACGGUUUGGUCACUUCAAUUUUCCGAAUUUCUCCUUUCGUUUUAGAGAGAGAAAGUGUGCGAAGAAGAGAGAGAAAACAAAGACCUUCAAUCUGUAAAUGAAGCGAUUUGCUGUUGUUGAUGUUGUUGCUGAUGACGACGAUGAUGCUUGUUAAUGGAAGAAUGAAUCUGAAACAGGAACCGGUUUUGUUGUUGUUGAUUGAUGGAAUUAACUGAGGAUUUGGAGGCGGCGAUCUUGAGGAAAUAAUAAUUGGAUAAACGAUCGGGUGAUGCUGUUGUUGAUUUGAUUUUAGUUUGGAUUCAGUUGAUUGAUUUGCGGUUUAAUUUAUUUUAAAAGAAAAAAAAGGAGGAGAGAUGAACGGUGGCGAUGGAGGAGAUGUUGCGGCAGCUCCAGCGGGUCCACCACCUCCGCUUGACUGGAAAUUCUCUCAGGUAUUUGGUGAACGCACCGCCGGUGAAGAAGUCCAGGAAGUUGAUAUCAUUUCUGCUAUUGAGUUUGAUAAAAGUGGUGAUCAUCUUGCCACUGGUGAUCGUGGGGGCAGGGUAGUAUUAUUUGAGAGGACUGAUAAGAAGGAGAAUGGUGGAAAUAGAAAGGAUUUAGAGAAAACUGAUUACUCAAUUAGUAGGCAUCCGGAAUUCCGCUACAAAACCGAGUUCCAGAGCCAUGAACCCGAGUUUGAUUAUUUAAAGAGUUUGGAGAUCGAGGAGAAAAUUAACAAAAUCAGAUGGUGCCAGACAGCCAAUGGUGCCCUCUUUCUUCUGUCUACUAAUGAUAAAACCAUUAAAUUCUGGAAGGUCCAAGAGAAGAAGAUAAAAAAAAUUGCAGACAUGAGCAUGGAGCCUUCCAAAGCCACUGGAAAUGGCAAUGUUGCUAGUCCAAGUGUUACUUCCUCCACCCCUAAGCCGCAACUUGCAAAUGGCGGAUACACAGAUAAAUCUUACACUAGUUUAAGCAAUGAAUUGUUAUUUCCUCCCAGGGGCAUUUCAUCACUUCGUUUACCUGUGGUAGUAACUAGCAACGAGACCAACCUUGUUGCAAGAUGUAGAAGAGUGUAUGCUCAUGCACAUGACUAUCAUAUCAAUUCUAUCUCUAAUAACAGUGAUGGUGAAACAUUUAUCUCUGCUGAUGAUCUACGGAUAAACCUUUGGAAUUUAGAAAUCAGCAAUCAGAGUUUCAACAUCGUCGAUGUCAAGCCUGCAAACAUGGAAGACCUCACUGAGGUGAUCACAUCAGCUGAAUUUCAUCCUACCCACUGUCAUACACUAGCAUAUAGUAGUUCAAAAGGAUCUAUCCGCCUUAUUGACUUGCGUCAGUCUGCACUGUGUGAUAAGCAUUCUAAAUUGUUUGAGGAACAGGAAGCACCUGGUACGAGAUCAUUCUUCACCGAGAUAAUAGCCUCUAUUUCAGAUAUAAAGUUUGGAAGAGAUGGAAGAUAUAUACUAAGUCGUGAUUACAUGACCCUUAAGUUAUGGGACAUCAACAUGGACUCUGGUCCAGUCUCAACGUUUCAGGUCCAUGAAUAUUUAAGACCUAAGCUGUGUGAUUUAUAUGAAAAUGAUUCUAUUUUUGAUAAAUUUGAGUGCUGUCUGAGUGGUGAUGGACAGCGCGUCUCAACUGGUUCUUACAGCAAUUUAUUCCGAGUGUUUGGCUGCCAUUCGGGCAGUACUGAAGCAACUACCCUGGAAGCUAGCAAGAACCCAAUGAGGAGGCAAGUUCAGACCCCCUUAAGGCCAAGAUCCCUAAGCAGCAUAACCCGAGCGGUUAGACGAGGAGGAGAUAGCCCAGGAGUAGAUGCAAAUGGGAACUCAUUCGAUUUCACAACGAAGUUGCUCCAUCUAGCAUGGCAUCCGACCGAAAACUCAAUUGCUUGUGCUGCUGCAAACAGCUUGUACAUGUAUUACGCAUGAAAACACCAACGUGACGAUCACUAACAAAUUUUUGAUCGCCAAAACCCACCAAUCGUAUCGCUCAGGUCUCGAGAUCCCAAAAUCCAAAAAAAAAAAGACGACCUUUUUUUGCAGGUGGCAAUUUGCUUUUCUUUUAGUCCCGGUUUUUCUGCUUCACCCUCGAUUCGUUUUAUUUUAAUUUUAUUUUUUAACGUUGAAGGACUGUUUUGGUUUUAAAUGUUGUUGUUGGGAGGGUUGAAGGGGAGGAGAACCGAUGGAUGGAUGGAUGGAUGUUUAGCCUUUUUCUUUUAGGUGUAGUAUUAGUUUGGGAAGGAGCCUCUGCUGCUAACUUUGCAGGCCAUCAUCAAGUUUUUACAUUUUUACCUGUUUGAUACCAUUAAAAUUUCUCUUUCAAAUUCUUUAGACCUAAAAUCAUUUUAGUUUUUUUCUUUUUUUCUCUGUUUUGUAAAAGCAAAUUCUCAAGGGAUGUUAGUUUUUAUCAUUGCAUUUUGAUCA